AUGCCAAAAACAUGUCGAUGUGGUGAAGAGGCAGUGAUUAAAACAUCUGGAACGGCUAAAAACUUGGGAGGCUCUUCCAUUGUUGUCCAUAUGGAUCCGAAGAGUGUUGUAUUUGUGAAGGACAAGUACCAUCUUUUCAAAUGGACAGACGAGAGUAUGGUGGAAGAGAUUAAAGAUAUUAAUGUUAUGCUAAGUGAUGUAAAAGGAGACAUAUCAUACUUAAAAGGUGAAGUAGUUGGACUCAAGAAGAAGCUUGAAGGAAUGAAGAAAGUGAUUGUCGAGUUGGAGAAAGAUAGGAUUGACUGCAUCAACGAGUUAAAGUCGAUGAAGAAUAUGUAA